AUGGAGAGCAGGCUCGCGCAGCUAGCUCCCCUCAAUCAAAAAGACAAGGCCGCUGGCUACCAAGCCCUUCUUACUGAACUCCUCACCCGGCAAGAUCAAACAGGCUUGGAUAGGGAUGUCCAUCUACUUGUCGAGAAUGUCCUGCAAGAAAGCGUCGGCCUUGUGAUCGGCAGAUUGGUCCUUACGGAGCUCGUCAAAGCCCUCUCGGAAGGGAAGAUCAAGGAAACUCAGUUGAGAAAGACAAUAGUGAAGGACGUGCUCGAGCUCAUCCAGCCGCGCAUCGUGACCUAUGAGGAGCAGGUCAACACCCUGAGGUUCCAACUCGCGGAUAUCUACGAGGAGGAUGAGGAAUGGAGUGAGGCUGCACGUGUGCUGAUGGGUAUUUCCCUUGAUUCCGGUCAGAGAGCACUCCCAGACGCGGAGAAGUUACGCGUGUACGUGCGCAUUGUCCGUCUACUACUAGAGGACGAAGACUCGGUACAAGCAGAGCGGUUCUACAACCGCGCUGCAUUGAUUGCCCACACCUCGACGGACAAGGAGACCCUUCUAUCGUUCAAGCUCUGUCAAGCCCGUAUCAGCGACUACAGCCGCAAGUUCCUCGAGGCGGCGAGUCGAUACCACGAAUUGAGUUGGAUCCCCGAGAUCGACGAAGAGGAGCGCAAACACAUGCUUUCGGCCGCGAUGACAUGCGCAAUCCUCGCACCUGCAGGUCCCAAUCGUUCUCGCGUUCUCGCAUCGCUCUGCCGUGACGAGCGCACACAGGAGCUGCCCUCGUUCCGUAUCAUGGAGAAAAUGUUCCGCGAUCGCAUCCUGCGCUCGAACGAGAUCAAGGAUUUCGAGGGCACGCUCAAGCCACACCAGCUCGCCCAGAUCGAGAUCUCAUCCAAUGACCGCCUCGCGUCCAUCGUGGCGGCCGAUGACGAUGAGGCGAAUGACCCGAUCAUCAGCACUCGGAAGGGCCCGUCGACCGUGUUGGACCGGGCGGUGAUGGAACACAACCUCCUUGCGAGCUCAAAGGUGUACAAUAACAUCACCUUCCGAGGGCUUGGUACGCUCUUGGAUCUUACGCCUGGUGCUGCGGAAACGAUGGCGCGGAAGAUGAUCGAGCAGGGUCGUCUUAAGGGCACGAUUGAUCAGGUCGAGAAGCUGAUCUCCUUUGACGUCGGUGGCGAGGAUGAUGGCGCACAGGGUAAGGCUGGAGGUCUUGGUGACGUUGAGCAGGUUGAGGAGGAUACUGGUGCAUCCUUCACAAAGCGAUGGGACAUGCAGAUUCGUCUCACGGGAGCCAACGUCGAGGCCAUCGUGCAACACCUCACUGAAACGGGGCUAGUAUCGUUCGGGACUGUACAAGCGUGA